AGCGGUCACGUAAGCAUGCGCAAUCAGCUGUCCGCCAUAUUAAAUUCGCCAUCAUCGGUAAACGUGGUACGAGAAGGUGACUUUGAAAAUAUUCAUUUUUACGGGAUCUUUUCUCCCCAUAUAAAUCAUAAUUACGAAGAGGACUUGUUUUUCAUUUCCGCGAUCUGGGAGGGCCACGAUUUUGAAAUGCCCCGCUGUUGUUAUGAAAUAUUGGGGGUCGAAAGAGACGCAAGUGAUGCUGAGAUAAAGAAAUCUUACAGAAGACUUGCUCUCAAAUGGCACCCAGAUAAAAAUACUGACAACUCCGAGGAAAGUACUCGAGUAUUCACAGAGAUCCAACAAGCUUAUGAAGUGCUUAUAGACCCACAAGAGCGAGCAUGGUAUGAUAAACAUCGCGAACAAAUCAUUAGAGGAGGAGAUGACUAUGUAGACAAUAGUAUCAAUUUGAUGAAGUACUUUAGUGCCAGUGUGUAUUGCGGUUUCGGAGACGACGCACAAGGAUUUUAUGCGGUUUAUGCCAAUGUUUUCGAAAUAAUUACUAAAGAAGAUGCUGAAUUUGCAGAUGGUCAAGAUCUGGAGGUACCUGAGUUUGGAACAUCCACGAGUGAUUAUGAAGAAGUUGUUCAACCUUUUUACGCUCACUGGCAGAGCUACUCGACUCUGAAAUCUUAUGUAUGGUUAGAGAAAUACGACCUCAGAGAAGCACCCAAUCGAAGGGUUCAAAGAUUGAUGGAAAAAGACAACAAGAAAAUCCGAGAUGCCGUAAAAAAAGAGAGAAAUGAAGAAGUUCGCGCAUUGGUAAAAUUCGUUCGUAAAAGGGACAAGCGUGUCAAAGCAUAUCUUGAGUUACUUAAGGAAAAAGACGAGGAAAGGCAACGAAUUACAAAACAAAAACGUCUGGAAGCCUUGCGAGAAAGGGAGAAGAUGUUUGAAGCGUACAAAGAAGAAAGCUGGGCCUCUUUGUCCGGACUGGAGGAGGACUUGGUCCAAAUGAAUGUUCAUCUGGACAGUGAAUUCGGCAGAGAUAAUGACAUCAAUGAGAGCCAAUCAGAUGAAGAGGAAGUGCAACAAUAUUAUUGUGUGGCUUGUGAUAAAGCAUUUAAAACAGAGAAGGCGCUAGUUAACCACGAGAAGUCGCGGAAACACAAAGACAAAGUCGCUGCAAUCAAACGAGAAAUGGCCGACAGUGAAGAUAUAGAUGAACUUGCGUUACACAAUGGAGAAAACGGCGUAAAUGAAGAUUACGAUGCCAGAACAGAGUCAGAGUAUUUGAGUAAGAGACAACACAGUGUCGACGAAACUUGCGCAGAUUUUGUGAGUGUUGGAGAAUUAAAUCUGAUGGACUCCGUAGAUCUGUCUACUAUGAGAAUUAAAGGUAACAACCGGUACAAAGUAAAGGCGUUGCACGAGAGGAAACGAGCUCUAUCAGGAAUCGGAGAGGGAGAUUUGGAAAGGGGAGAUGAAGAGAAGGAAGCCGCCAACGAAGAGAGCAAUAGAAUGGAAGCAAAAUCAGAUGAACGAGAGGUGGAGGAAACUACAGGCAAUGAAAAGAGCGAGGAAAACGUACAUGAAGACGAUAGUACGCAAAAUUUGUCAAACGAAAACAGGAUAACAACAAGUGAUAUUGAUAAUAAAGAAACGGAAGACUGUAAAGAGAACUUGGAAUCACAAGAGUCUGAGGGCGAUAGACAGACGACUGGUGCCGUUACAGAGAAAAGAAAGCCUAAAGAAGGUAAUAAAAAAUCGCCACAAGCGAGUAAAGAGCCAGCAGCAAAUUCUUUCAAGUGCAACGUCUGCCAAGAUUCAUUUCCGACAAGAAAUAAAAUGUUCCAACACAUUAAGGAGCUUGGACAUGCACUGAACGUGGACAAAAAUCGUGAAGCGGGUGAGUCGCAACGCCAAGCCAAGAAGAAAGGCAAGAAGAAACGUUAAGCUU